AUGGCCGGACCAACACCGCUACACCACGAUCCCGGUCUCGAGAAAUACAACCAACUCAACAAAGAGCGAUGGAGAUACUUCAGGUGGACGCCGCGUACUGCGUGGAUUUCGUUCAUGUAUGCCGUCUUCGUGCCUAGUGUGGUCGGAUACGCAUUAGCAAAAACAGAUGGCAAAUAUGAUCUUCGCGGAAAGUUGAGGGGCGACACAAUCAGCGAGUUUUGA